AUGAACCACAAGUUGGUUGAAAUAAACUCCAAACUUGAGUCAUUGACUUCAAGAGUCCAAAUCAUUGAGUCUUCUAGUGCAUCAUCCUCUUCACCACAAGAGUAUGCCCAAGCAGUUACACUGAGAAGUGGGCGACAAUUUCCUAGCAGGAGUAGCCCACCCCAAAUCGCUGUGGACAUCGAUGACGAGGAAGGGGAGGAUUUGUCGAGUAUGCUGACAUCCCACCAACUCGAUCGAGCUGGAACAAAACCUGAACCAGAGCUCGAUCGAGCUGAAGAAACCGAGACUCAGCAAGACAAACCAGAGCUCGAUCGAGCCGAGAAGAGAACAGACAAAGCAAGCUCCAGCCAACCAACUAAACCUGUUGCAAAGAAGAAAGACACUCCAUCAGGACCACCACCAUACAAACCCCCUCUACCCUUUCCAGGAAGGUUCAAGAAACAACUGUUGGAAGCACACAGGCCAAAAAUUCCUGAAGGAUGCUGUUCAGCAAAGAACCAGGGAAGCACAAGGGAUGGUAGUGUUGACUCCCUCUGCGAUCUAGGAUCAUCUGUCAGCCUCAUGCCUUUGUCUGUAGCAAAGAGACUGGGAUAUCACAAGUAUCAAGCCUGCGGAAUCUCACUAGUCUUGGCAGAUAGAUCGAUAAGGUUACCAACUGGAAUGCUUGAAGACCUGCCUUUGAGAAUAGGGAAUGCCAGUUUGCGAAGUCAUGGCAGUGAGCUCGAUCAAGAACUCGAUCGAGUCGGCCUCGAACAAACGAACUCGAUCGAGCUGGGGACUGAAUGCAAGGAACAAGCUCAAGGAGAUUGGUCUGAGCUCAAGGCGCCUAAAGUCGACCUCAAACCUUUGCCUGAGGGCCUCAGGUAUGCAUUUCUGGGUGAAAACUCAACUUACCCUGUCAUUGUGAACUCUGAUUUGGAACCUGAACAGUUGAGUGCUUUGCUUGUUGAAUUGAGGAAGUACAGAAAAGCAAUAGGUUACACUCUAGAUGAUAUCAAGGGAUCUCCCCUGACCUAUGCAUCCAUAGGAUUCAUCUAG